AUGACUCUUGGUGGUUUACUUUUCAAUCGUCGUACAAAACGUCAAUAUCGUUUAGAUGGUUGUCGUGAAUCUCGUGUAAAACCAUUAUUAAAUAUUGCUCGACCAUUUUUAUCCUUAUUAAAUCGACAACAAUUACCAAAUAUUGUUGAUUUACGUUCAUUUUUAAGUCCAAUUGAAGAACAAUAUACACUUGGUUCAUGUGUUGGAAAUUCCUUAGCAUCUAUAUUAGAAUAUUUUCAUUAUUAUACAACUGGUCAAAUAAAAAUAUUUAGUCGUUUAUUUAUUUAUUAUAAUGCUCGAUUAUUAGAAGAUGAUGUAUCAAAACGAAAUGCAACUGAAACAGAUUCAGGUGCUGAUUUACAAUUUGCUAUUGUAAGUUUAAUAAAAUAUGGUUGUUGUGAAGAACAAUAUUGGCCACUUCAUGAACAUUUAAUUAAUCAACGACCAAGUAAUGAUGCUUAUAAAAAUGGUCAAAAUUAUUGUUUAAAUGAAUUUAUUCGACUUUCAAAUAAUGUUAAUCAAUUACGUGAAUGUCUUGCUCAAGGUUAUCCAUUUGUAAUGGCUAUAAAAAUAUUUCCUUCAUUCGCAUCAAAUCAUCAAGGAUAUAUUCCAAUGCCAAAAAAAAAUGAGAAAUCUUCUCAAUUUCGACAUGCUGUUGUUUGUGUAGGUUAUAUUCAUUCGGAAAAAGUUUUUAUUAUACGAAAUUCACAUGGACUUCAAUGGGGUGAUCAUGGUUAUGGUUAUUUACCUUAUGAUUAUGUAUCUGAUAAAGUUCUAACAAAAGAUUUAUGGGGAAUAAAAUCAAUUAGAAAUAUGAAAGAAAUACCAAUUGAACAACAUAUUGCAUGGAAUGAUAAUCCAACAUUAUCUAAAUCAGCUAGUCAACCAAAUGUAGUAGAUGAUGAAUUAUCAUGGGAUAUUGUAUAUUCUGAUGGAAAUGGUGAACGAGAAGAAUCAGAAGCAGUACCACAACAGCAGCAGCAGCAUCAUCAUCAUCAUCAUAACAACCAUUCUCAGGAUCUAGUUCAACCACAACUAAAAUAUCAUCGUGAUCAUUCCGCAGAACAACUUCAAAGAGAAUUUCCAGUUCAACAACACCAAAAACAUCAUCGUGAUCAUUCACAAGAACAAGUUCAAAGAGAAUAUCCAGGUUUACGACAACUACAAUAUUGUCGUAAUCAUUCACAAGAGCCAAUGCCAAGAGAAUAUCCAAUGCUACCACAGCUACAAUAUCUUCGUAAUCAUUCCCAAGAACAACUUCAAAGAGAAUUUCCAAUUCCACAACAUCAACAACAAGGAAUUCGUAUGCCACAACAAUUAUACAUGAACAAUUUUCCAUUAGUUCAAGCUCCUCCUCAAAUCAUCUAUACACCUCUACCUGUACCAGUCAUGGGAGGAUCAUAUCCUUAUUAUCAACCAAUAUUUAAUCCAGUAGCUUUCUACAAACCAUAUUAA